AUGGGGUGUAGAUGUAGUAAGGUGAAAAAUGAAAGAAGGAAAGAAGAAAAUCAGGAAGACACAGUCAACAGCGACGUCAACAACGAUGUGUUGAAGAUAUAUAGGAGUGGGAAGGGAAGGUCCAACAGGCAUAGGAGUGAGAAAGGGGGUAGUUCUAAAGAUAGGCUGAACAGUGUGUCUAGUAGUACGUCCGUUAAAAGGUGGGUCGUGAGUAGUGAUCCGGAGAAUGAAAAUAGCGACAGUCACUAUGUUGUCCCGCGUGAUGGUAGUAGGGAUGUUUUCCCCUCAAUUGACUACAAUGGCAAGGAGAGGAGAAAGAACAAACAGGGGGAAAAAGUAAGUGGAAACGAAAGGAAGAAUGAACAAGACAGCAUAUUUGAAGCCCACCAGGGAGAUGGCAACAUGCAAAUAUCGUCCAAAGAGGCCAAAAAGAGGCACGCAGGACAGAGCAAAAUCGAUGGUAUUGAGAACAAUGUUGAUAACAACUCCUUCACGGGAAUCAUAAAAAGGAUCAACAACACACUCAUAAAGAGGGAAUCCACAUCGCAAGGCAGAAAGGAAAAAGGAGAAUCGCCAUCCCAUAUGGAGAAGAAAAAUCUGUUUAGAAAAAAAAAAAUUAAAUUUUUGCAUAAAACGAGGAAGGAUAAAAUAUGCACCAAAGGAGGGCAAAAUGAAGAUUCAUCUGUUCCUCCGAAUGAAUCCAUCAUCGCACAGCGGUUAAGAAAAAAAACAAAGGAAAUCUACAACUGCCUGGGGAGUAAGAAAAAAGAAGAACUGCUAAUGAGGGCUAUCAGAAAGAAUAAAGAACAGCUACUCUACUAUCACGAUUUUAGAAGUGCCAUUUUGAGAAAAAACACUUUUCUGCAUAUUUAUGAAUUUUACAAAUUUAAUUCAAACGUAUUUAAUUUGUUCUCCCUGAUGCCCAGCCACAUCUCCGAGGAUGUCCAUGCGUCUAGGAUUUUGUUCGAGAGCUCCUUGAUAGGGAAUUACAUAAUCCUGCCAUGGAUUGAAAACGACCCCGAUAUAAGGAACAAUUCGUAUGUCAAACAUGUGAAACAUUUUUCGGAGAAGAAAAUGAAGGUGGAUGGUGCAGUGGACCCGCAUGACAAGGAGGUCAACUUUUGUGGGUUCUUCAACAACAGUUAUGACCAGAGGGGGUGUGAUGGAAACGAUGAAAACGGCCGGAACGACAAUGCCGGUGAGGAGAAAAAGACGAAUGCGGGUGCAGACGAGCACGAGCAGAGGUCGAAUGCACCCCACGAUAAACACACAUUGAAAAAUACUUCUAGACGUGUUUUAAAGAAAAAACUACGAUUGUGCAAUGGAAAUGCAGAGAGGAAGAAGGAUAAAAAAUACGUUAGUAACAGAAAUCUCAGCAUGGACAAUUUAUUUAAGCUGCACAUUAGGACCUCUACCGCACGUGUUAAGAAGCGGAGUCAUACGAAAGAAGUUGCUAGUAUGCAAAACGGGGGAACAAAAAGGGGUGCUAUUAAUGAGAAAGACGUGGAAGGUAGAAAGGUCGCGACGAAUAGGGAAAAGUCAAAGAAAACUGAGGCUGCUGAGGGAGGGAAGAGAGAAUCGUUAGAGGGCAGGGAAAGAAAAAGGGACCAACCGAAAAGGCAGAAGGGUCAGGUCGAAGGACCCAUUCGACAUAACGCCAACGGAGUGGAAAAUGAACAGACGGAUAAAGAAAAGAGGAAUCAUAGUAGCCCGCUCACUAACCAAAUGGUAAGCACGAAUAACGAGCAUGUGAAAUCCAUAGGCAAUGGCAAAAAGGAAGCAAGAAAAAAAAGCGAAACAACAAAAAAAAAAACCUAUCAGGAGGAGAAGAAGAAGGGAGAAAAUUCCACACAUGUGAAGAAAGGCAAAAAGGGAGAACCCGGUCUGCAAUCCGUUUUGCCAAAUAACGCAACCCUAGCGAUGAAUGGAGGAAACAUCGAAUCGAGAGUAGACACGGACAAGGAAGGGAAGAGGAAGAAAAAAAAAACGGAUGGAAAGAAACGCAAGAAGACAGUUAGAAUUAGCAUGGCGGAAAAUCAAGUUAACGGGAUAAAUAGCCACGUGGGAGGAAAAGAAGUGAAGGAAGGCUACCCCAGGAGUAGCAAUAAUAAUGGGGAAUCCCACCAUGGGGGGCACAUCAUGAGAGAAGAUCAAGGGAAUUACACCUCACAUGUAAAGGGGGGAAACACAAAUAGCAACCCAAAUGUGAUGAAACGGGUUAAGAGAGAAGUAGAAUGUCAUAAAAUGCUCUACCAAGACGUUAACCCUGUAAAUACAAAGAAAAGUAGUAAAGAUGAGAGGGGGCUACAAAUGGAGGAUCCAAAGUUAAGGUACCAAAUGUGUACCAGUAAGAACGCGAAAAAUGACAAAGUUGAAGGGGAGAGAAGUACACACAUGAUUAGUAACAAAUUAGAAAAGAAAGAAUAUCCGACGGAAGAAAAAAGCACUGAACAAAUUUGCGAACAUAAGUAUAGACUAAAUGAAAGUUCGAUAAAGAAAAAUUAUCUCAUGUGCAGAAAAUGUCACAAAAAAAGAUGCAUAUAUCAUUACAUCAACUGUUUUAAGCUGUACGGAUGGGUAGAUUACAAAUGGACAGAUCCUGAUGGGUACUUAGAACUAAGUGUAAGACAAAAAAAAAAGUUCGAUUGUUGGAAAAGGCUCUCCGAAUUGUAUAGCAACCCCAUUGUUAUGUCAACAGAUUUGUAUAAUAGUUGUAUAAGACAAGGAUUUGUGGCAGAUUGUUCCUUUUUAUCCUCUUUAACUGUUUUGAUUGAAUAUGAGAGAAAGCACAAAGUCCCCGUUCUCUCAAAUAUCAUUUCUCCCUGUACAUCUAACUAUGUGCAUGUGAAUAGGAACUGGCCAAUUUUUAACCCAUGUGGAAUGUAUAUCUGUAGACUACACUGUAAUGGAAUUCAGAGGAAAAUUAUCAUCGACGAUUAUGUGCCUGUGAAGAGCAACAAUUCUUUGCUAGUAGCUUAUUCGAAUAAUCAGAAAGAGCUUUGGGUUACUUUGCUUGAAAAAGCAUUUGUUAAACUGAUGGGGGGUUCAUACUCCAUGUAUGGAUCCAACCCUGGAUCCGAUUUGUAUUACCUAACUGGUUGGAUCCCUGUGACAAUUUCGUUGAAGUCGAAGAUAAGUAGCUCCCCUCCGUCGUUCGAUCGUUUAACGGCUCACACCGCGGUAAAUCAGGUCAACGCGUCCGAUUUGGAUGCUUGUGAUGGGUCCCUCAUGGGGAUGCACCCCCCAGCAGAGCAGCUUAAACGUGAGUGUGCUGUACAUGGAGCGAUGCGGAAGGAAGCACACGAACUUAGAACAUGUGUGAAAAAGGGGAAGAGAAAAAAUGUGAUAAAUUGGAAAUCGAGCCUUUACCACUACGUUCGAAGCGGCAAAAAUAGGAUGACACACUGUGCAGGUGGGCAAUUAUACAUACAUAGGAGCAGGAAGGACACCCGGUACGAGAUACCCGUGGGUGCCAAUUUAAGCGUCCACCGAUUGGGCAAAAGUUGUAACUGCCACCCAGCACGUGCUGAUUGGUCUAAGUGUGAAAAGCUGAAGGUGUAUUGGACCCUGCGCCAUUUGUAUGCAACGGAGAUGCGAAACAAGCAAAGAUGGAGCGGGAAGGUAAAACCGCCCAAGUGGACCGUUAAAAGGGUAAGCGGUGCUGAUGGAACGGAGGCCAAGAAGACACAGCGGAAGAGAAACUCUGUCGAGGAAUUUUCCCCGCGUGACACCUUCCCCCGGAGCAAGAAAAUAGCACGCUGCGUAGGAAACGGAGACGGUGUGAAUGACGCACCGAAUAAAGUUAUGACCGACUGUGAAGUUAGGAUGAGACAUGCGAACCAAUUUCUGUGCGAAGCAGUGAGUAGCAUGGAUCUGUCUUCCUAUGUGUGCGGAUCAGCCGAUCAGUACAGCUACUUAAAUCAAAAAGGGGAGAGCUCCGAUUUGAUGAACGAGGAGUAUGAAGAAUACGAUGAAAAGUGGGACAUCAUAUGGAAUAAUAUUUACGAAGGAAUAAAAAAAGGGAAAUGUGUAGUCUGUUUGGGUACCCUAGAAUUGAAGGACGCUGCGCCGUCAGGGUUGGACUACCCAGAAGGGGUUUCGCUCUCAACUGGAAUUGUAACGAGACACGCCUAUUCCAUUUUAAAUAUCGAAAUGUAUAACGGGGAUAAGCUGCUUUAUAUAAAGAACCCAUGGGGAUGCAUCCGUUGGAAGGGGAAGUAUUCUCAUCAUGAUGAAACGACGUGGACAAAGGAAGUGCAAAAGAAGUUAAACUAUUCUAUUGAGAAGGCAAAAGGGAAAGACGAUGGUUGUUUUUGGAUCCCCUGGAAAGAUGUAGUGAAAUAUUUCUCGCACAUAUAUAUUUGUUGGAAUAGUGUUAUCUUUCCAUACCAGUUUGAAAUUCACACAAAGUGGGAGAACAGCAAGUACUUGAAUAGCUCCAUUUUGCAAGACGACACCCACCUGGUGGCUUACAACCCGCAAUUUGCCCUACAUGUAAAUGUGAAGAAACAGGAUUUGUCUGAAGAUGGUUUACGCUAUAUAGGGAAGAAGCCAAUAGAAAUUUGGAUUCUUCUAUCGAAACAUGUCAGGGAGAGGAAGGCAGACGCUUCGCAGAAAUAUCUGGCGCUGCAUAUCCAUUCAGGAAAGGACCGAAUUAUUUGUCCGUUGUUUCCGAUUAAGCAAGGAAUAUAUUCUAAUGGGGAAUGUACCUUCACUAAGUUGGUCAUUGGAGGUGAAGAUGAAUGUAUUAAUAACUUCCUUAUGAAGAAGAGCUCCUCGAAGAAGGAUCCUUCUGAUGCACCCCAGGGGGGUAAUCCAAAUAAUAUGGCGGGAGGACACACGCACAGCAAUAAUGACAACGUAAACGUGAAUGCAAAUGCAAGCGCAAACACAUCAGGAGAGAGCCAGCAGGAAAUUUUAAGAAUCGUCGAUUUUGUCCUAAUCGUGUCACAAUACUCACAGAAGGAAGAAUUUAACUUCACGCUGAAGGUGUUUAGUCAUACGCAUCUGUCGAUAUAUGAGUUGCCACCAAUGCUACCAGAGAAUUACGACUCCCUCUAUUUCAAAGGACAGUGGACAAGUAAAUGUGCAGGAGGGUGUUCGAACAAUUUGUGGUCCUACUUUAGAAAUCCGCACAUACGUUUUUACGUCCCCGAAGAUACGACCUUUUUUAUUUUCCUCGAAUGCUCACAAGAGCAUUCAGUUAAUUUGAGAAUAUUCAAAGGGAUGACAUCAUCCCCGAGGAGUUUAAAAAAAGGAGAAAUUAUAUCCAGUGGGGCAUACAAAGCUGGUUGUUGUUAUGUUGAAUGUACACUGGAGAGUGGGAUUUAUUGCCUAAUUCCAUCCUUAUAUAGAGCCAACGUUAUAGGAGAUUACCAAAUAUGUAUUCACUACCCUAAGCAGAAGCAGAAACCAGUUCUUCAUUUUAUUCCUUACUCUUAUGUCGUUCCUCCGCUUCCCUUCUUUAAAUACCAACUAGUACCUUUAUAUUCUUUAAAAAAUUAUUCUAUCAUUUUGUUCCACGUUGCAACUGUCACUCUUCUCUCGCUUAGAGUUACCUUCUUUGAACACAUGAAAAUUAAGGGAAUUCCAUUUGUCAAUAUUUACAAGCUUGUUGGUAGCACAGACUCAUAUGCAAGCGACCUAGAAGCUGGAAAUGUUAUGAAGAAUAAUUUAUUUAAUUCUUACAUUUCGCAUAAUAGAUAUGUAUACAAGAUUGUGCAAAAGUGCAGCAUCCAUGGUGGACCAGGAUAUGACAUACUCCCCCUUUCCACUUGUGCGUAUGAUUACUACAUUAAGUUCAACUCUGUAUUGAUCCCCUUGGUGGAGCUGGAGAAUGAGCAUACUUCCUACCUGCUGCUCGUCACCACGAAUAUAAAGGAGGACGUUCUUUAUAACCACGAGGUACACUUUGUCUCAGAGAAGCAGCUCUCAGUGGAUACAUGUUACCCGGUGCAAUCCUAA